AUCACGUGACCACCAAGGUCAGCUGGAGUAAACACAACACUGGUGCUGUCUUUUUAUAUUUUUGUAGUACACAAUACUGCAUGCACGAAAGCCCUUUGUUCCUACCCUAGCAACAGGUGAGGGCAUGCUGUCUGCUCACUUGUCGUAGCCGGGUCGAAACUAGCACUUCGAGAUACUACGGACAAGCAUUGCCACAGGCCACAGAUCAGCCCACUUUAUCGCGGUGUCUGAGAAGAAAGCGUGCAGCUGAUCUUCUGAAUAACGUUUUCCCCGGGAAAAGCCUGCACAAACCAAUUGUCAACUGUAACGUUCUUGUUAUAAGUUAAAGACCACUAAACAUUGAGCGGAAAGAAUGACGACGACGCCAUCAACACUGACCUGCAGGUGCCUCAACUUCAACAUUCAUCCGCAGAAGCUGAGCUUCCGUAAAUGCGACCCCAGCCACCUGAGCCUCAGCACACAAGAAGAAGCAGACGCAUUUUUCGGAGCCAGUGUUGCAGAGAUUAAACUCGGCCUUGGAGGAAUCACAACCAAAUACCAGUUCCUUGUAAAGAAACGGUCCGUGGGGGAGUGGCAAGUCUAUUCCUGCCUCGGCUGUCGGAGUGACGUCUACGCGGAAGCUGACGGAAAGCUGCUGGUCAGCUCCAUGUUAGAGCAUGAGCCGAAUAAAAUAGAAUCACUUCAAGGAUCACAAGGGUAUUCGCCGUGCUACAGGAUAGUACUACAAUCUGACAAUGGUGACAUGAUUGGGACAAAUGCACAAGAUAGUGACCUCCAAGUCGAUGAUCCCAAAGUAGACACAGCAGUGAGGCUUAUCAACGAACAGCUGGCAAAGUUCCUCCAGCAGGAACAGGAUUGCAUGGAACAGAGAAUAAAGAUAUACCAGGAACAGCAAAACAAGAAGUUCAACGACCUGCGGAGGAGUGCGACGAACGAUCGCGAAGCGAUGGUGAUGCUCGUCACCUCCCUAGUAAGGCAGGAAAUUCCAGACACGUUGUCGGAGGCCCUUUUGGAAGAAACUUCAGAGCGCCCCGUUCCUGUGCCUCUGUUAACAAAUAGUGCAGUCAGUAAUCACAGAGAAGCCAAUGGUAUUCAAGGAAUCCAGGAGAAACAGACGGAGCUUUACUGCAAUAUAAAGAAUAUGAGCGUUGCAAGACAAAGGAUAACAACAGCACGGCGCCCCAGGACUGGAUCUUACCAGUCUUACUUGCUCAGCGAGAGUGUUGACACUAGCCAAAUAUUUCAGUUGGAUGGCUUCAAUGAAGACGAUGACUCAGGCCCCUUCCCACCAGCCUCUUCAGAAGACGAAGCAGACACAGAUGACAGCAGCCUGAACGACGAACCGCGUACCGGGAUGAGAGAGAGCCAAUCCGAAGCUCAGUACGCUUCCUCUUUGCCAGUCAAUGUUCCAGCUUGGACACCCAGCCUGUCCUCCCACCAUUUUGAUGAAGACGAAGAUGAAGAAGAAAGAAGGGCGUUACACGCAGCCAAUCCAGAGCGCAUCGGCCAAGACAUUCAGGCACUGGCCCGGAGUGUCCACGACGGCACGGAGAUGUUCGGAGACCUGCCCCGGCCACGGCUCAACACCGGCGGUUUCAAGUCCCGUCCCAUUUGAUGCGCCACCGUCUCAAAGUCCCAAAGCUAGGUGCCUAAAGCAAAUGAAGGCGUAACUUCUGUUUUGCAUUAUACUCUGCCUUAGCUCAAACCACACCGAAUUGAGGCCAAGCCAUUCUGGGUCAGUCAAGGGAACGGCACAAUCUCCCGACACGUGAAAGCUGCGUGUAUAUUUCUGUUGUUCUACGUGUUUUCUUCCAAAUUCAUCUCGGGCCAAGGUGGCAGCAGCUUUUUUUUUUUUUCUCUCUCCCUCUGGAAUUUCGGGAUGCUGUUACUGCUGACCUGGCAAAACUGACAAUUUCGUUUUGUGUUAUUGCUAUCAUUAUUACGGUACUCAGUUUUACUCGUUUUCAAAAUCUCUUGCUCAGUCGCACACAAUAAUUUGUCUUACGAUUCAUCCGUGCCCUUGCGACAAGUGCAGCAAUGAUGCAGUUCAUGAUACAGGGAUAACCUAGAUGUACUUUCCAGAAGUUGUUAGGACACUUACCAAAUGAGUAACGAGGUUGUUAACGAGGCCUUUUGGUUCUGUUUCACUCUUUCUUCCUGUUUUCCUUUUGCUAGUUACAGUUCAGUACUCAUGACAAAGUGUUUGUUGUGUGCGGAUUACUUGCUCAGCCUGAAAGUUUUCUGUCUCUUUUUUUCUUUUUUUUUGUUUGGGGGCGGGGGCAAAAUGUUUUGUGUGUGGCUGCAAGAUUUUUUUCCCUCCACAAUACUGAGUACUGUGUCCAAAGAGAUUGUUUAACGUAGGCCGAAGAUGAAAUGUGCAAAGUCGAGAUGCCUGAAAAAAAAAAAAUGCCCUGGAGGUAUUCUGGGUGUGUUUGCAAAAGUUGAAACGCUAGUCAGGCGACAGCAAAUCUGCUGCUUUUCCUUCCAAUAUGCAAAGAUCUCCAAUGGCUUGUUACUCCUUUCUUUGCUGCCAAGCAAGGAGAAAAAAAAAAGCUAUAUGUCUGCGAAAUGGUGGGCAACUUGCAGAAUAAAUGUCACCGUACACUGUCA